AUUUAAAUGGUAUUUAUUUUUGGUCACACUGAUGGCCAUUUUGCUUUAUUUCGCAUCUUCUUGAUUUUCGGUUUGUGGCGCGUUUUUUGUUCAUUAAAUAAGGAAUUAGCAGAACGCUGCACAUGCAAACAUGUCGCACGCCCUAUUGGACGAGGAAACAUUGGAGGCACUGGUCUACGAGCGCUCCAAAAGCUGGUCCAGCAUGAUGAAGCACUGCGGGGAAGCAGGCGAUGGCAAUGAGGUUGACUUGGGGGACAUUGAGAAACUGUACAAGGGCGAGGAAAGAGAUCCGGAUGUGCAGGAGGAUGAGGAGGCGGCCGAGGAUGAACUGCUGGAAACGGACCUGGGCAUGGGGAACGUAAAUGCAACGGCAGCCAUGAGCAAGGCGGAGCUGACGAUGAUUUUGUGCGCAGGCGAGAACAAAGAGAAAACGGCCGAAAUGGAGGAGAUUCUGAAUCAAACGAUGCCCAUUGUUCAGGAGCACAAGCGCAAGUGGAAGGCGGCUGGGCUGGAUCAAAUACUGGACACCUUCGAUGCGCAAAAGAUUGAACAGCAUGUGGGCCAAUGGAUGCGCCGCAACAACAGUGUCUAUCUGGAGGAGAGUUCCCAGAGGUACGAUUGCAGUCAUGAACGUUCCCAUUCCGAUCCCAGCGACAACGAGUCGCUGCACUCCAUCGACACGGCCCGCUAUAUAAUGCAGAGUCGCAAACGCAGCACACCCAUCCCCAAGAUGACCAACAUGACCACCAUCAAGAUGUAUCGCACCCAUUCGCGCAAGCGCGACGAACUGCGUGCCAAGUACGCCUACGACGACGAACAGGAGCACCGCCAUCACAUGCAGGCUUUGCUGCAUCGCCGCCGCGAAAGGGAGCGGAAGCUUGCCUAUCUCACCAGCAGUCCCAGGCACUACUCCUACAGGAGCAGCAGCCACCACAGCCAUCACACGCGACUCAAGCAUCUGCGUAAGCGUCGCGCCGAUUCAUCGCUGUUUGGGUCGCCGUCAAGCGAGGACGAGGAUGCCACAUUAAGUGGGUGCGACUGCAGAUCGUGCCUAAAACGUGUGCUGACCAGAAGCGCAUAUGAAUGCUGUUCAUAUCGCGGCCAGCGCGAAUAUCAUCACCAAGCUGCAUCAUCACGGUCCAUGCACCGCGUGCGACGUCCACAAAGCUUCCAGGAGGAGCUGGACCUGCGUCCACGUCUAAUGGAGAACGAGUGCAGCUGCUGCAACAGCGACCGGCUGUGCGCGGACGUGGUGCACAUUGCCAACAGCUCGACGGAGGAAUGGGUUGUGGAGAACUGCAAUAGUCCCGUGCCCACCGGGACGCCUACCAAGUGCAGCAAUCGUCUAACCUGCAUCAAGAAACAUUUCACGCUGCGGAAAACACCACAGACUGUUCGCUCCAAGUGCCGAGACCGUGUCAUGGGUUCAGCCCCGCAUAGAUUGAUUCGGAAGGCAACUUCCGCUGCAGCAUUAUAUAUCCCAAGGCGUGAGGGGACUCGUCUAGUGAUAAGAAAUUUAAUUGACAGCGACACUUCCGAUGAAGACGCACGCAAGGAGCGCAGGAAACCAUUGAGUGGCGCCGAAGGAAGGGAGCCACACACUCCAGCGAUCUCAUCUGUGGAAAAGGCAUCCAAAAAGAAAGCCAAGCCAAUGAAUUUGCCUCCAAUCAGCGAAGUCGUGGCCAAGAAAACAAAUUCCGAAGACGAAAUGGCUGCCCACGAACUUCAGGCGGUGCCAGAGGAUGAUUCUUCAGAUGAAAACGAACUCCGAGGUAGAAGCCGAUUAAUGAGUUUCUCGGAGGUAAAACAGAAAAAGGUGGCCAAAACUAGGAAAGCGGUCAAACCAAAGUCUUCUGUGGAAAAGGCGCCAAAGAAGAAAACUAUGUUGUCCGGCAAGUCAAAGAGUUUGCCUCCAAUCAGCGAAGACGUGGCCAAGACAAAAGAUUCCUCAAGUUUGCCUAAAAUCCUCGACGACGAUGGAGCCAAGCCUGUGAGGGGAGUGACGCCAGAAGUUGGCAGGAUCAAGAGCGUUACUUCCGAAGAUGAAAAAAGUUUAAUGGAACCAAAAAAGAUGGGGCCAGCCAAAGAAAUACCGAAAGCCAGUGUCGCCAAGAAUAAGCCUUGCCUUGCGCCAACAAUUCCCACCACCGAUGGAGAUUUCUUCAAUUCUCAGAACAUCGUAAGAACAGAAUCACCCGUAGAGAUCUCCACACCUGUCGCGCCCAAGGAGAAGCGAUUGACACCCAGAUCAUCCGCCAAGAAGAAAAUCAAUUCAAAUUGUGCUUCAAGUUUGGCUCAAAUCACCGAAGAAGUGGAUCAUUCGCCAGAUUCCCAAUGCACACCCAAUGGACAGGCGGCAAAGAUGCUAGUGGUAAAACUAAAAAGAUGCACCGUGCCAAAGAACGCCGAAGCAGCCAGUUCCAGCAGUUCUGAUGGAGAUGAAUGGCCUCUGAGUACGUCCAGAAUCAAGAGAAUUCGCCAGAAUACGACGACAUUAAAUGACACGGAUGAGGAGAUGGGCCGUGACCUGGCCUUGUCAAAGGAAACAUAUAGAAAGGAGCAGUUGAAGGGCCGACCAGACCAGAGGUCCAAGCCGGACCCACAAUCGACAGCGCAGCAGCAGUCUCCAUCGCAGUCGCUCUUCCACAAUAACAGCGUGGCCUGCAACUCCACCGCCCUGGCCAAUGAUACGGCCUGUACUCGGGUCCUACCCAACAAGCAAAAAGUUAAAAGGCGCUCUGCCGUGAGCAGUUCGGAGCAGGAAACGAAACCCGACACAAUUAUCAUACUCGAUUCAUCAACGGAGACCGUGCCAGACGAGGAAUCAAACAAAGCGGGCGGUGAGGCCGACUGCACUGUGGUGACAUCCACAACCAGCUACGAGGCAAAGGAGGAAAAACCGCCGCCAUUUAAAUUUACCAAGAGGGGCAUCCUGCUGCACAGCAGCAGCACCUCAGUCGGAUCGGUCAACUUUACGCUCAACGAGCAGGAUCUUGGGCGUAUCAUUGGAGAGCGGCGUGCCAGAAAGUAUCUCAAGUACCACAUUGGCAGUCGAAGCUUCGACGGCCGCCACUCGGUCUAUUAUCGCCCCACUCCCAAGCUGGCGGCCGCUCUGAGUGCCAGCCCAGACUCUGCCCACACUCUGGUGCACGAGCUACAUACCUCCAGUUCGUCUAGUUCCAGCGAAGAGGACAUCUUCGAGCACAUCCAGCGUUAUGGGGAAGUGUACAGCGUUCUGGGCAAUCCCAAAGAGGAUUGAUUCGCCAGCUUUAAAUAUAAAUACAUGUAUGUAACUUUAAGUUUAACCCUUUCGAUUUAAACAAUUGUUCUUUAGUUAUGUUAUAUUAUAUUCUUGUGUUUUGGGGGUGUUUUCAAAACAUCCGUUGCGUGAGAGAGAGCGAGAGAAGAGAAAAAGAAAGUUUUGAAAUUAUUUUGUAGAUUUUGUUUGAUUUAUUUCACGUAAAUUACAAUGUCGAUAGGUGAUAAUAAAAAACAUAAUACGUCAUAAUAAUCAUAAUAAUCCGUCAUAAAUGUGUUCUUAAGUAUUAAAUAAUUGUUUAAGAGAUUUAUUCGCAUUGCAAUAGUAGUCGUACUGUACUUCUUGUGUGCCCAAAAAUAUAUAUAUGUAUAUGUCGAAA